AUGGUUAAUACACUGGACAGAUCAUUUGUGUCUACGAGCUCAUGGAAGCCGGAUUUGUUUAAGGGUAAAGUCGUUCUGAUCACUGGUGGAUCGGGCACCAUAUGUAGAGUACAAGCUGAGGCUAUGGUUCUCUUGGGUUGCAAAGCAUCCGUGGUUGGAAGAGACAAUGAGAAGUUGGAACUCACAUGCAAGGAGCUGUGUGAGUUGGUGAAUGAUCCGGAUGCAAGCAUGGCUGUUCCUGAUAUCGACGUAAGAAAUUUUAAGCAAGUCCAAGAGGCUGUAGAUAAGACUUUGGAGAGGUGGGGAAGGAUUGAUUUUGUUAUUGCAGGUGCUGCUGGUAAUUUUGUAUGUGAUUUCAACAAUCUAUCUCCCAAUGCAUUCAACUCGGUAGUUGGAAUAGAUUUAAUUGGCUCUUUCAAUAUAGCCAAAGCGGCUACGCCAGCAUUAUUGAAGACGAAAGGGGCUAUACUUUUCAUUUCUGCCACGUUUCAUUAUUAUGGUGUACCCUUUCAAGGCCCUGUAGGAGCAGCUAAGGCUGGUAUUGACGCAUUAUCAAAUAAUUUGGCCGUCGAAUUGGGUCCCUUUGGCGUCCGCUCAAACUGUAUCGCUCCAGGUGCAAUAAAUGAUACCGAAGGUUUUAAGAGAUUAUCUGAUCCCAAAAUGGUCAACAAACUUACCAAGAUGAUACCAUUACAAAGAUUGGGUAGUAAAAAAGAUAUUGCUGAGGCUACUGUAUUCUUGUUUUCAGCUUCCGGCUCUUAUAUCAACGGUAAUAUACUUGUUGUGGAUGGUGGUAUGUGGCACACCGGUACAUUAUUUGCUAACCAAAUGUAUCCAGAACAAAUCAUAGAAGGGAAAGAAAAAGCCAAGUUAUAA